GAGGUGCGGGGGGACCCACCUCGGGCCCGGCCCUCGGCGCUCCCCGCGCCCCGCCUCUGCCGGGAGGGGGUCAGGUGGGCGGGCGCUAUUGUUCCCCGCGCCGGCGCCGGCCUCCUCGGGCGCGCGGGGUGGGACCGCAGGCUUCGGGGGGCGGGGAGCAGAUCGGGGCUGGAGCCGCUGGGCUUCGCGCUCGCUCGCUCCUGCGCGCCGCUCGCUGCCUCCCGGCCGCCGCCCGCAGGCUGCGGGGCUCGCUGGUCCCUCGGGCGCGGCCCGCCGCCCCCGCCCCCGCGCCGCUCGCCCCACCUCCCCGCCCGGAUUCCCCAUGUAUGACGACUCCUACGUGCCCGGGUUUGAGGACUCGGAGGCGGGUUCAGCCGACUCUUACACCAGCCGCCCGUCUCUGGACUCUGACGUGUCCCUGGAGGAGGACCGGGAGAGUGCCCGGCGGGAGGUGGAGAGCCAGGCCCAGCAGCAGCUCGAAAGGGCCAAGCACAAACCUGUGGCCUUCGCUGUGAGGACCAAUGUCAGCUACUGUGGCGUCUUGGAUGAGGAGUGCCCAGUCCAGGGCUCCGGAGUCAACUUCGAGGCCAAAGACUUUCUGCACAUUAAAGAGACCUGGCAGCCUCUCCUGCGCCUGCCCUUGCCCUUCGCGCCCUUCACGCCUCCCUGGGCCUUUCACGGAAGAGCUGGAACUGGGGCCUGCCACGUUCUCUCACCGCCUCACCCCCUGCAGAAGUACAGCAAUGACUGGUGGAUCGGGCGGCUAGUGAAGGAGGGCGGCGACAUCGCCUUCAUCCCCAGCCCCCAGCGCCUGGAGAGCAUCCGGCUGAAGCAGGAGCAGAAGGCCAGGAGAUCCGGGAACCCCUCCAGCCUGAGUGACAUUGGCAAUCGACGCUCCCCUCCUCCGUCUCUAGCCAAGCAGAAGCAAAAGCAGGCAGAACACGUGCCCCCAUAUGAUGUGGUGCCCUCCAUGCGGCCUGUGGUGCUGGUGGGACCCUCUCUGAAAGGCUAUGAGGUCACGGACAUGAUGCAGAAGGCUCUCUUCGACUUCCUCAAACACAGGUUUGACGGCAGGAUCUCCAUCACCCGAGUCACGGCCGACCUCUCCCUGGCAAAGCGCUCUGUGCUCAACAAUCCUGGCAAGAGGACCAUCAUCGAGCGCUCUUCCGCCCGCUCCAGCAUUGCUGAGGUGCAGAGCGAGAUUGAACGCAUAUUCGAGCUGGCCAAGUCCCUGCAGCUGGUGGUGUUGGAUGCAGACACAAUCAACCACCCAGCACAGCUGGCCAAAACCUCGCUGGCUCCCAUCAUCGUCUUUGUCAAAGUCUCAUCCCCGAAGGUCCUGCAGCGGCUCAUCCGCUCCCGGGGCAAGUCUCAGAUGAAGCACCUCACUGUGCAGAUGAUGGCGUAUGAUAAGCUGGUGCAGUGCCCCCCGGAGUCAUUUGAUGUGAUUCUGGAUGAGAACCAGCUGGAGGAUGCCUGCGAGCACCUGGCUGAAUAUCUGGAGGUUUACUGGAGGGCCACCCACCACCCAGCGCCAGGCCCUGGGCUUCUGGGCCCUCCCGGCACCAUUCCUGGACUUCAGAACCAGCAGCUGCUGGGGGAGCGCGGCGAGGAGCACUCGCCACUGGAGCGCGACAGCUUGAUGCCGUCUGACGAGGCCAGUGAGAGCUCCCGCCAGGCCUGGACUGGCUCCUCCCAGCGCAGCUCCCGCCACCUGGAGGAGGACUAUGCAGACGCCUACCAGGACCUGUACCAGCCUCACCGCCAGCACACUUCGGGGCUGCCCAGUGCGAACGGGCAUGACCCCCAAGAUCGACUCUUAGUCCAGGACUCGGAGCACAACCACAAUGACCGGAACUGGCAGCGCAACCGGCCCUGGCCCAAGGACAGCUACUGAGCACCUCCGGCUGCCCCCGGCAGCGCCGGCACGGCUGGCUGGGCCCCCUCCGGGCAGGCUGGAGUUAGGCUGGCAUUAGGCUGGCACUAGGCUCAGCCCCCACGACCCCCUGCCCAGCCCCAGCUCCACGGCUGCCUGUGGUCCCCCAGUUCUGGGAAAAACAGAGGGCCCCUCACCUCCUGGGCAGUGACCCCCUAGGCUCUCGUUCAGGUACUAGCUGUGUGUGCUGCGCCCCCAGCACCUCCUCCUCCUGCACAAGAAACUGCCUCACUGGACAGUGCCCUCGGGCCGGGACCCCUUAGCAAGGGCCUUCCCACCAGACUCAGGGAAGGGGUGCCCUCCCAGUGACAAGAGGCUGGGGUCCCGGCAGCAUGGCCUGAGGGGAGACACUGGUCCCUGGGCGGGCACAAGUCCAAACCGCCAGGAACUCGGGCUUGUGCUGGGGCCCCGUGAGCCCCACUCACCUCACUGCCACACUCAGAAACAGACAAUCACACCCACGAGGCUGGAGCCGCGGCAGGUGACGCUCAGGCCAGUGGCCGUGCAGACGGAACUAGGGAAGGGCUCUCCACCCCGCCAUGAAGCGUCUGGACAUCUCACAGGCCCAGGGACCAGGCGCAGGAUGGAGCCAAAUGACAGAUGGAAGCCAACCUGGAUUAGGGGUUUGGGAAGCAAGAGCUUGUGUAGCAGAGAACAUAAGGAACAGCUUCGGGGCCCCCCUCCCCCUCCUGCUCUCGCAUCCUAUCAUUCCUGUCCUUGCCCCCAUGACUCCUGGGGAAUAGUGGGCCCCGACUCCAUCCCUAACUCACAGCUUGUGAAGUUUGGGUUCAUUAGGGAGAGGUCACAGCCUCCCGCCUCCCCUUGCCUUAUGACUAGUGUGUGACCUCCAGCGCAUGCUCCACGGACCCUGCCCCAUCUCACGUCAUCACUAAUAAACAUCCUGCACAGCC